CCUAAACACCUCUCUGUCUCUCUCUCUCUCUUUCUCUUUCUGAGACUGGAAAUUUUGGGCACGAGAUGACACAGACAACUCCAAAUCACACUCAGACCGUCGCCGGUUGGGCGGCCCACGACUCCUCCGGAAAGAUCACCCCUUUUAUCUUCAAAAGAAGAGAAAACGGGGAGAACGAUGUGACAAUAAAGAUACUCUAUUGUGGGAUGUGCCACACCGAUCUCCAUUAUAUUAGAAACGACUGGGGAAUCACCAUGUACCCUGUUGUCCCUGGGCAUGAAAUAACGGGAGUGAUAACAGAGGUAGGAGAGAAAGUGAAAGGGUUCAAGAUGGGAGACAGAGUUGGAGUGGGAUGCCUUGCAGCUUCGUGUCUGGAAUGCGAACUCUGCACUGAUUCGCAGGAGAAUUACUGCUCAAACCUUCAAUUCACUUACAAUGGCAUCUUCUGGGACGGAAGCAUUACCUACGGUGGCUACUCUCAAAUACUCGUUGCUGACCACAGGUAUGUGGUGCACGUGCCGGACAACCUUCCGAUGGACGCCGCAGCACCUCUAUUGUGCGCAGGGAUAACGGUGUUCAGUCCCAUGAAGGAGCAUAACUUGUUACAGUCCCCUGGGAAGAAACUCGGAGUGGUAGGCCUCGGUGGUCUUGGUCACGUGGCCGUUAAGUUCGGUAAGGCGUUUGGUCUCCACGUCACCGUCAUCAGCACCUCCCCCUCUAAGGAGACUGAGGCUAAAUUGCGCCUUGGUGCUGAUGCCUUCCUCGUUAGCACUGAUCCCAUACAAAUGCAGAGUGGAGCGAGGACUUUGGAUUUCAUCAUUAACACGGUAGCAGGGAAGCAUUCACUCGGACCUAUUUUAGAACUGCUAAAAGUGAAGGGAACUAUGGUGCUCGUGGGUGCACCGGAUAAGCCCCUGGACUUACCCUCAUUCCCCUUAAUAUUUGGUAAAAGGGUAGUGAAGGGCAGCAUAAUUGGAGGCAUGAAAGAUACACAGGAGAUGAUGGAUCUGUGUGGAAAGCAUAACAUCACAUGCGAUGUGGAGGUUAUUAAGCCGGACUACAUUGAUCAGGCUCUCUCCCGUCUUGACAAGAACGACGUUCGCUACCGAUUCGUCAUCGACAUUGCCGGAAAACUGUCCUCCAAUCUCUAGCAGUACCUUAGACAUUGUGGUCAUGGGCUCUGGGCCCAAUUUU